AUGCCGUUUCUAGAAUACUCCAAGGCUCUGACGAAAUCUUCCUCCAAAGAAGUCCAUAAGUGUGGACUAUGCCACUACUUCACCACAUCGUAUUUCCUCAUGGUCAACCACAUUCAACGCCACAAAUCGCCGCAAAUUUUUACAUGCGAAAAAGCCACCGUUGAAUCAUACUAUUGUAAAGAUUGCAAUUACCAAACUACCGUGACUCUUCUUUUCAGACUUCAUGUUCGAAAACACCACAGUAUUAAAAAAGCACGACAAGAAAAUUCCCCACAGUACUCCGUCCGCAAGUACAUUUGUGGAAACUGCCCGUUUGAAUCCCACUUUUCGAUGACAUGGUCCCAACAUACUUUUUCUUGCCACAACAAACCAAAACAAACCAAAACAACCAAACAAACUCAAGAAAUCGCGAAGCAUUUGAAUGAGGGAAUAGAUUGGUACAACUGUGAAAAAUGUGUAUUUAGAACAAAGCUAUUUAACAGUUUUAAAGGACAUUGCAAGGUGAUGCAUUCAUUAGAAAUGGCUAAAAAGCCGUAUGUAUGCGAACAGUGCCCGUUUAAAAGCAGAUACAAAUCGUUAUUAGACAGCCACGUGAUUUCGCGACACAUGAAUAAAUGCUACAAGUGCCAGUACUGUUCGCACGUGGUUAAAACGCACAUUGAUUUAAUGAUUCACACGAGAGAGGUGCACUUGCACAAAAAAGUGACUGGUUCCAGACAGCUUCUAUGUGGCAGAAACCCACACAAACUUAAACACAUUAAUUUGCUUUAA